AGAUAAAAGUAUGUCUGAGAUCCUCCUCUGUUACCCGGAGGUCAAGUCUGAGAACGACAGCGGGAAGAAGGUGACCGAGUACUUCAACAAGUACUGGCUGAUGCUGAGCGAGGCGGAGAGCGCCGCGCUCUACCCCGAGAAGGGGAUGCAGAAAGAGGAGAUGAAGUGGCGUCAGUGGGCCGAUGAUUGGCUCGUCCAUCUUGUAUCUCCAAACGUUUACCGAACCACCGGCGAGGCCCUGGCCUCCUUCGACUACAUCGUCCGGGAGGGGAAGUUUGGUACUUACGAGGGUUUCUUUGCCAAAUACGUCGGAGCUGCGGCCAUGUUCAUCAUCUCCAAGAGGCUGAAAAGUCGAUACAACCUGCAGGACGACGUCCGGCAGGAUCUGUACAAAGCUGUGAACGACUGGGUGACGGCCAUCGGCAAGAAGAAGAAGUUUAUGGGAGGAGACAAUCCCAACCUGGCUGACCUGGCGGUGUUUGGCGUCCUCAGAGUGAUGGAGGGCCUGCAGGCGUUUGACGACAUGAUGGAGAACACCAAAGUCAAGCCCUGGUACAGACGCAUGGAGCGAGCGGCGCUCAACCACGAGGGUCGCAAGUGAAGCCGGACUGACGUGGAAAACGGGUGAAGUGACCUUCAGCCUCAAAAAGACUUGAGUGACCAGCGACGAGAAGAUCGCUUUGAGAGCGCUCACUGCUGCCGUGGUCGACUUCCUGCAGAGAUCAAUGAACACGUACAGAAAUGUACCGUAACAACUUAUUUUAUAACCGAGGAGGAACCCUGAAAACCUGCUUUUCACGUUCUAUCAUUUGUACUGACCUCUAGUGGUGAACGGCUUGAACUACAACACACCUGCACAGAGCACCUGACAUGAUGCAUUUCUGUUAAUAUCCUGCAAAUAUGUUUCUUUAUGUUUGAUUAAAUGAAUGAUGAGAAAAGUC